UCGUUUCUCUUUUUUUUCUAAAGCAGAGCUGGAUGUGUAGAUCGUCACAUGUUGUUUCUCCCCCCCUCUCCUCCUCCUUCUUAGUCCGGACACUAUCAGCAGACAUGUGUUAUUUAUUGCUCAGCUUUUGGAGAAGACGAACGCACUGGAAAUAAAAGAAGGAGGAUUAAGGCAACCAAAAAAAAAAAAGAAGAAGAAGAAGGAGAAGGAGGAGGAGAAAUUACGCGCGUCGUUUCUUUGAGCAACACUGGGGGAAAGGAGGCAUUGUGUCUGAUAAGCCGGGAGGAAAAAGGACACGAGAAUGGCGAGUCCGCCAAACACGGGAGAUCAGCCGUUAUCGCCCCGUACUACGAGCAACAACAAUAUCAAGAAAUGUGGAUAUCUAAAGAAGCAGAAACACGGACACAAGCGCUUUUUUGUUUUGAGAGAGCCGAGCGAAGGUUUCCCUGCGCGCCUGGAGUACUACGAGAGCGAGAAGAAAUGGAAAAACAAAUCGGUCGCCAAGAGAGUUAUUCCUCUGGACUGCUGUCUCAAUAUCAACAAGAGAGCGGACGCGAAACACAAAUAUCUUAUUGCUCUUUAUACCAAGGACGAGUAUUUCGCCGUGGCGGCGGAAAACGAGCAGGAGCAGGAGAGCUGGUACCGGGUGCUGACGGAUUUAAUGGCAGAGGGGAAAGUAUACGACGGAUCGGCGUCCAACUCUGCGUCCUCGCUGGUUGGCUUCGACGAGGCGAGCUAUGGUGUAAUAACGCCGGUUUCCGCCGCCUACAAGGAGGUAUGGCAAGUCAAUCUGAAAUCCAAAGGCCUGGGGCAAAGCAGGAAUUUGACCGGAGUGUACAGGCUGUGUCUCUCCAGCCGGACUAUCAGCUUUGUCAAGCUGAACUCGGAGGUUGCCUCCGUCAUUUUACAGCUGAUGAAUAUCCGGAGGUGCGGCCACUCUGACAGCUUUUUCUUCAUUGAGGUUGGUCGAUCUGCAGCCACGGGUCCCGGAGAGUUAUGGAUGCAGGCUGAUGACUCUGUGGUGGCGCAAAAUAUCCAUGAAACUAUCUUGGAGGCGAUGAAAGCCAUGAAGGAGCUGUCGGAAUUCCGUCCGCGCAGCAAAAGCCAGUCAUCUGGCACAAACCCCAUCUCUGUGCCUACAAGGCGGCACCUGAACAAUCUUCCCCCCAGUCAGACCGGGCUUCCCCGGCGGUCGCGCACUGACAGCAUGGUUGCCACCUCUCCUGUGAGCAAAUUUUCCUCCUGCCGAAUACGCACGGCCAGCGAGGGAGAUGGCACCAUGGCACGCCCCAUGUCAGUGACUGGCAGCCCCCUAAGCCCAGGGGUCCACAGGACCCUGCUGAGCAGAUCUCACACCAUUACAGCACGCCCAUGUCGGACAUUUGAAUCUUCUUCCCUCCAGCACAGUAAGUCCAUGUCUAUGCCACUGUCUCGUUCCCCACCCAUGGCCACCACCAGCCCUGGAAAUCUGUCAUCCUGCCCAGACAGCAGUGCCCCUCGCCCUUCCAGCUGCAGUGCCUCCUUCUCAGGCUCCCCGAGUGAUGCUGGUUUUAUAUCAUGCGAGGAGUUUGGCUCUAGCCCUGCGGACGCACGGGACCUGAGGUUACCACUCACCCUCCGUAGCAACACUCCUGAGUCCCUCAAAGCCGACACUCCCCCCUCCCGGGACGGUAGUGAGCUUGAUGGCUACAUGUUGAUGGAGAGGCAGAAGCAGAACGGUUACCGUCGUUUGCCAGAGCUGGACAAGGCUUACCGAAAGCGUACAUACUCCCUCACUACUCCCCGCCAGCACAGAGGUCCCCCCCAGGUAUCUUCAGCCUCCCUGGAUGAGUAUACUCUUAUGAGGGCUACUUACACGAGUGGAAGUCAGUCUUUUCGCAGGUGUCACACUGCCUCGCCUAAAGGGAUCUAUCCUGAGGAUUACAGGGACGUUCAGAUUGGCACCAACGUUCUCCAAGGUGACAGUGGCUAUAUGCCCAUGAUGCCAGGUGUGGCACAUCAAACAUCAGGUUCCAAGGAUGACCCCUACAUGCCCAUGAGCCCCAUGUGUGUUUCAGCACCAAAGCAGAUCAUCAACCCCCGUUCACACUCCUCUUCAGUGGGGCUGGCCCCACGCACAGACUCCCCUGGCAGUGUUUCUCUGGAGGACAGCGGCUAUAUGCGGAUGUGGUGCGGAACUAAGAUGUCAGUGGAGAGUACUGAUGGAAAACUUACCAAUGGAGAGUACCUGAACAUGUCUCCUGUUGACCCCCUGGCGUCUCUCACACCCCCAGAGUACAUCCUCAGUCCCGUAGGAGAUCCCCACCCUCUGCAACAUCACAGACAGCCUUAUUCUUACAGCUCCCUACCACGCUCACUUAAAGGCCAGCUGCAGCGCAACGGGUCCACAGACACAGAUCAGUAUGUGGUGAUGAGUUUACAGAAACAGAGCAUAGAAGAGGAGUCCAACUAUUGUCCUCUAUCUCCUGGAGACUCUGUGGCCAGCAGCUCUCCGGGGACACCAGUCACCCCUUCCUCUGCCCCGUCUCCUCUCAGAGUGGCUCGGAUAGACGGAGGCCUGGUACACAGGAAUAGGGCGUGUCGGCCCACCCGUCUGGCUCUGGAGUCCCUCAGAACACUACCAUGUAUGAGCGAACACCCCCUUCCCUCAGAGCCACGCAGUCCGGGAGAGUACAUCAACAUAGACUUUAGUAGUGCUACCCACAACGUGCAAGCAUCCACGGUGUCAGAGAGCUCCGAGUCCUCUGCGAAUGUAACGUGCGCAGAGAAGGGAUCCCUGCCACUCUCAGACUAUGCUAAUGUUGAUGUCAGCUCAUCGGGUCACCUUGACUCGCUCCAAGUUGGGGGUUCCCCCCCUGCAGGCUGCCUAAACCACACACCUGAAGUCUUGACUUGCCCCAGUCUUGUGAACACUCAGUCCAACACGCAGAGAGGCGAGGAGGAAGAGGUGGAUAAAAGCAUAGAGGGACGGGCGGAGGAAAGGGGGAUGGUAGAGGAAUAUCCUCUCCAACAGCAGGUGAGCCUGGUGUGUCCGCCUGCUCUAGUCAAGGAUGACUACACUGAGAUGACUUUCAGCCCUCCUGCCCCUCUACCAUCUCUCUGCACCACCGAUGCUGCCCCCCUCCCCACGAGCCCCACCGCCUGUGUCCAGAGACUCAGCCUUGAGAGCAGCAUUGUGGACGCUGUGCCCCCUGUGCCAUUGGACUCUUUUCUCCUGGGGGCUCCUUCGUUAUCUGUCACCCUCCUGGAUCCACACAGGGGGGCUAAAGUGAUCCGGGCCGACCCUCAGGGGCGCCGGCGGCACAGUUCUGAGACCUUCUCGUCCACCACUACUGUCACACCCGUGUGCCCAUCCUUCGCCCAUGACACCAAACGGCACAGCUCUGCCUCUGUGGAGAAUGUAUCCCACACCGUCUGCAGCUCGGAGGGACCGGACGAGGACUAUGGCAGCAACAGCCCCAUGUGCCGGGAGAUGUCAGCUGGUUAUCAAAACGGACUUAACUACAUUGCCUUAAACUUGAUGGAGGGAAACCUUGGAGGAUGUAGGCUCGGGGACUGUGAUGGACUCCUGAGGUUCAAGACAGCCUGUGGCUGCAAGGGGGGCAUGAAUGGUUUCAACACUAGCCCCUACGUCAGCCUGGGAUUCAAGGAGACUGCUGCUGCUGUGAAAGAAUGAAGGCUGACGGGUCCUUUCAUACGCCCCCUCCGCCCGCUCCGCCUCGCUCUCCUCUCCCUCCUUUUUUCCUGUGAACGUAGGAUUUCGCUGCAGCCAAGUGACGAGGUCGCCACGGCGACAGCUGGACCAUGCGCUGCAGUCGAUGUCCUUUGACCUCUUUGCCGCCUUUCGAUGGUCACGGGGACGGCCAUCACCAUGGCAACACGGACACUUGACCCUUGCUCCAAAUCUUCCCUCCACUUGUCUCGGCACCAAAACAUUCAGGCGCCAUCACUGCUGCUGUACUAGAUUACUUAAAAAAUAAAUAAAAAUAACAAGAACUUAAACAGACUAUUAACUCUAACUAUAGAUAAGUAACUAUUUAUCUCCUGCCUGUAAAAUUAUCCUGCAGUAUAUUGUUAUGUUUAAUUAUUAUUAUUGUUGUUAUUGCCAUUCAUACACUUUCAGAUGGUUUUCUUUUGGCUUCAGCCAAUAGUUGCCAGAUACUCUCACCUGAAAACCUGUGAACCAAACCUGGAGAGAAUAGUGCGCGCACACACAUACACACACACACACACAUGCAAAAACCCUUUCAUGCAUACAGAUUACAUAUAUUUAUUUAUUUAUCAUGUAUGUAUGCAUUUAAUGAAGUGUGUGUGUGCGUGUGCGUGAAUUUGUAUACAGAUUGUACUGCAAAAAAGAGGUGGCAUUUAUCAACAUAUUUAAAAAAAGAAAGUUAACAUUUGCUUAAAAAAAGAGAAAACUACCUCAGAAAAAAAACAGAAAACCAGGUUGGUACCAAUUCACAAAGCAGAAAUAUAUAUAAAAUAUUUAUUUUCAGAGGUGAAUGUCUUUUAAAAUCACCAAUCCAAAGCCUUACUCUAACCAUCAGCCCCCACCUGAUGGACCUUUUUUUUUUUAGUUUGGACCUAUAAACACGCAGUAUAUCAAAGAUUUAACCAGUUAUCUUAUACACCGAAUGUUCAGAGACAGCCUCUCUAAGAUUAAGUUCCUUCUCUCCCCACGUUACAUUUAUGACAAGAUUAUGUAUUAAAAAAAAAUCCAGAGUAAUAUAUUUAUUAAUAUACCUGAGAUUCAUACACACUAAAAUAAUACCCAGAGGACUUUAGGGGAAUACUUGACAUUGCAUCGCAUCACACAUGCAUGCAGGAGUCAUUCACCCAAACACUGCAGCAUGAACCAACUGGACCUGACCACCAGAUCUGUGGCCUGUCUGAGCCCCUCCAAGUCUCAGCACCUUUAUUCACUUUACCGACCCGGCCCGGUGUUCACCUGUGAUAUCCUGCACGCCCAGGAACUUAUGACCUGUCACGACAAGGGACGGGAACAUGAAUGUUUUGAAGUUAUUUAUACAGAGUAACUGGACAGCUCAGAAUCUUACAUUUUCUCACCCGAUUGCCUCAUUGCGGAGCUCUGUCACGCCACGCGGUCAGGCAAGGCAAUGUGGUCAACGUAUGACGCAGUCUUGACCGGCUGUCCAACAAGCCACUCGAUCGCUCAAAAAGUGCCCCUCGCUGCCACUUUUGAGUUUGGACUUUGGACACGCCGGAGCCAAUGCAUGGUCUUGCACUUACAAACUUUUCUAGAUUGUAACACAAGACACGUUGAAUGUAGUACACGCUGUGUUCCGAGCUUGGGGACGCACAACCCAACAACAAACACCACAACAAGUGAAACAACAACGACAACAAUGAAACAUGCAGAGGUACUGAAUGAAAACUAUGACACAUACAAAACCAGGGGAAGUAUCUCUUUAUUUAUCUGAAUUCACUGGUACUUAACCUUUGCCUAUAUACUGUAAAUAAUGCGUCGUUACAGAGAAUUACAUUUAAGCAAAUGCUGAGAAACUUUGAGAGAUGUUAAGUUAAAUAACUUAUGUUGUUUGUACUGUACAUAGUAUGUGUUGGAGUGAACUUUCUGAUACAACAAAAGCACUAAUUAAGUUAUAUGCUAACCAGUAUGGUUUGGCUUUGAUUUUUUUUUUUUUUUUUUUUUGAACUGUCAUGGAAUAGUCUUUUGAAAUGGAUGCCACUAUGAGGACAUUUUCUAAUGCUGUAAUUCUGAAAAAAAAAGAGAAAUCAUUAAUACUUGACAUGAUUAAUUCUUGUUACUUAGGUACAAACACAAAUGGCAUAUAUGCAAUAUUUACACUUUUGAAAAUUAGUUUACAAAGACGUACCAAAUGUAUAAAUACUGUUAAUAAUGUUUGUUAAACCUUCAACAACGACAAAAAAAAAAUCUGAUUUUUUGCUGUUUGUAUGUUUUUUUUUGUUGUUUUUUUCCUCCAAAUUUGAAAUGAGAAACUUUUUUCGGUGUGUUUUUUGCUAAUCGAGCCUCUUGAUGUUUUCGAGCAGUGUUUUGCAUUUGGAUAAUGUUUCAAGUUUUUAUUCAGCAUCUUAAAGGUUACAAUAUAGGCCCUGGCUUAUCUUGCUGUGUCUGUUCAUUGUAAAUAUUUCAUAUCUUGCAUAUUGUGAUGCUACUAAGAGAUGAUAAUUAAAAACUUAGUUCAUUGCUUUAGAUUGUAUUGAUUCUUUAUAGACACAUGCAAUAAAUAAUGAUGUUAUUUAAGAAAA